AUGGCGACAGCUCCACAGCCUCAUCCUCCUCCUUCCGGCUCGAGUGAACACAGGACAGUCAUUACCGUUGCUGUCAUUGUGGCAAUCAUCGGUGCCAUUGUCUUCUCGGCCGUCUGGAUGAGACGUCACAGCCCGCUUCGAAGGCUCGACGAGCUACAGCUCCAGGCCGAACUGCAGCGCUCUGGACUUCGGCGACGCCAACGAGAAAUACAACAAGUCAAGGGAAUUGACAAUUCCCUGCUCCAGACCGUACCCAUCGUCAAAUACGAUGGUAAUAAUGGCACAACACGGCGUGCUAAGAGCUUGGACUUGGAAAAGGGGCACCUGGCCAAGGACCCUCAGAAGGACCCUCAGAACUGGUCCCUGGCCCAGAGCCAACAAAACAUCAAGGAAAUGCACGCAGAGAUGAUGGAAAUCGGGAGAGCCUCUGACGGAAAAUCAAAAGAUGGCCAUGGAAAAGGGCCCUACCUCGAAUUGGAAGAGCCAGAGUGUUCCAUCUGUGCACAGCCGUUCGUGAAGGGUGACUUUCUUCGAGUCCUUCCCUGUGGUCACCGACACCAUCAGAGAUGUGUGGAUCGAUGGCUGCUGGAUUACAGCGCAACGUGUCCUGUAUGCCGCGUCCAUAUGGAUUCUUUCUACCUGCAGUCAGCGAAGCCACCCACUGUUCUAACAAAGCCGGAGCCUGUCGUGGUGAUUGGAGGAGAUCUUGAAGAUAGCCACCAUUACCAUCACCGACCAGAUCGAUAA